UGGCAAAUCUAAAAAUAUAACAUUAAUUCUUUCUUGAUUUGAUAAGUAGACACUCUUUUGAUAAAAAAAAAAUAGCUAAGUGAACAUUCUUUUUUAUCCGAAGGGAGUAUCAAAUAUCUGACAGACACCAAAAUACUCAUUUUUGACAAACUUAAAAAGACCAAAGCUCUGCUUAAAUGAUACUCACAGGAGCUACUUAUUUUGAACCAAAGUGCACCUUCUGUGACAGUAUCUAUGCAAGUCCCUCUGAACCAUGGCAACUAAACUGGUGGAAUUCAACCCAAAACGGAGCAAACCCGCUAUUCCUACUCAAUUUCCAUCAAGUUCAAUCCCUAUUUUGCCAGGAGAACUUAUCACUGAAAUACUUUCAAGGCUUCCAGUGAAAUCUCUUUUGAAGUUCAGGUCUGCUUCAAAAUCUUGGCUUGCUUUAAUAUCUAGUCCUGAAUUUAUCAAGAACCAUCUUAGUAUAUCUGCUAAUAACAAAGAAUACACCCACCAUAGGCUUAUAUUGAGUUUUCCUGGACCUAGAUCCAUUUACAAUAAUCUUAAGGACUGUUCCCUUGGCUCUUUACUGGAUGGGUCUGUUGUGGAAGUAUCAGAAUUGAAUCGCCCACCCGGGACUUUUUGGUUUGUUAUGGGUUCUGUGAAUGGAUUGGUUUGUCUUGUCAGUGGAUUGUGUAUUUCUUUUGUCAAUGAGAAAAAAAAAGUGGUUCUAUGGAAUCCAUCUAUUAGAAAGUACAAGAAAUUGCCUGAUCUUGGAACUAGUUUGAGCAAAGCUACCUGUGUCUUAUUUGGCUUUGGGUAUGAUGAGUUCCAUGAUGAUUAUAAGGUGGUGGGGUUUUAUUACUCUUUUGGCAAUUUGUCUAGUGUUGAGGGCAAAAUAUAUAGUCUAAAGGAGGAUUCUUGGAGAAGCACCCAUUAUCCUCUUCCAGAUGAGUUGCGAUUCUAUGGUAAGGGUAUGUUUGUGAAUGGGAAGCUUCAUUGGACAUAUCGUGGUCGUAAGAUCAUACACAUAAUUUCUAUUGAUUUGGCUGAUGAGAAAUGGGAAAAGGUUGAGCCACCAUGUUGGGGAGAAGAAGAUGUUUUGAUUUUGGAUCUGGUAGUACUGGGAAAUAAUCUUUCUGUGAUAAGACAUGGUUAUCCUCGAAAUGUUAAUCCCGACACAGAUGUGUGGGUUAUGAAGGAGUAUGGGGUUAAAGAAUCUUGGACAAAGAUGUUUACCUUAAAAUAUCCUGUGUCGUCGCCACCCUUUUUAAUUUCAAAUAAAGAUGAAAUUUUGCUUAUGUUUGGAAAAAAAUUCUUGUUGUACAAUCUGAAGGAUGAAUCGACCAGAUAUCCAGAGUUUACUAAGCUUAAAUUUGGUAAUGUGUGGGAAGUUUACCUUGAAAGCCUAGUUUCUCCCCUUUUACAGAACAAACCGAGGACACAACAGGAAUGAAGGGUGCAGAUGGACGCAAUAGUGUGACCUGGAAGCUGGUUGUGCUGGCUUUGCUACAUGCUCGGUUCUGAUAGGGAAGUUCUUGGAUAGAUAUCACUAAUCCCAGUGAGCAAUUAGACUAAAUGGAUUAUUCGAGUUAGAUCGUUUCUGAAUUUAGAAAGGGAUCAUUUCUAUUGAAACUUGUGAUCUUAAUAUCAUAACAUUUGAUGUGGGAACAUAUUGGCCCGAACACCACGAUUAUAAAAAUGAGAUAAUUACCUACCGGUGUCA